ACACUGUAAAGCACCUAUUUUCAUUUUCGAAAAGUUCUGAAAAUUUCUUAAAUUCCUAAUAUUUGUUACACAUUUUAAAUUCGUGAAGUGGCGCCCUCUGCCCCCGCAAAUGUUUCUAACCUAAAAAAUGUUUUGAAUCCAUGCAUCGGUUUUUCAUAAAUUAUGGCCGGUGCAAAAAUUAUUUCAUGUAUAUUUUACACGCUCCUUUUUAUAGCAAGUGCCUUUUCGUCAAAAUUGAGUGUGCCGAGAGUCCUACUUCCCAUUUUCAAUGACUUUUCUAUUAAAUUUUUGCUAGAAGCCAACGACGGCGGUUGUUACAAAUGGAGCACGACCCGAAAUGAUAUCAUCAAAUUGACAAUCCUUGAUGAAAAUCUUGACUUACAUUGCUCCACAAAGGCGGAAGUUCAAACUGUGACCAAAGAGCCGGUCAGGAAUCUCGCAGUGGUUCUUGCCGAGGAUAUUCAAACCGACCAAAUAUUAAAAUGUGAUGUUGUGGUUGAUGCGAUUACCUCGUUAUCAAUUACGACAACGACAAGGGAACUUUUUAUGGAAGAAGUUCCUGAGGCGUUUCAAGUAAAUGCUUAUGACGCACAAGGCAACGAGUUUUCCUCUCUGGAAGGGGUGGAAUUUGACUGGAAGAUCAUCACACUCGGCAGCAAGAAGGAAGCAGUGGUUGUGAGAUACCUCCCGUUUAAGGACUCUCCCUAUGAGUCACUACCUCAUAUUCGAAAACUUGAAGAUGACAAUAAAAAAGGCGCAGUUAUUUUACUUGAAGGCGUUAAAACGGGCUCAGCUAAAGUUUCAGUACGUCUCCCUUAUUCGGAAUAUAAAGAAGUUCCAAGUGUUGAAGUCGUUUUGACCGUCAUUGCCAACCUAUUACUAGUUCCAAGUGAGGCUUAUAUGAUGGAGGGCGAUGUGAUCUCAUUUAAAUUAUUCUAUUUGCAUAAUGGUAAAAUGGAUGAGUUACAAAUACCAGACGCCCAAUAUUUCCUUGAAUCCGAAGAUGAAAGUGUUGUUAAAAGUGAUAAAACUUCAAGGGAAGUUACUGCCAAGGGGUUGGGCAAAUGUCAUGUAGUCUUACGCAGUUCUAAUAGGCUGGAUGAUGACCCGGCCUUAAAGCUUCCAAUGGCUGUGAUAACAGUAGUACAACCAAGUUAUAUUGUUUUGACCAUUUUACCUCACAAAAAUUGGGCGAUUUUGGUUGGGGAUCAACAUGAGAUUAUUGCUGAGGUGUACAGCAGCUCGGAUAACAAACUCUAUCUUGGUUCGGGUGUCCAAAUCCAAACCCAAGUGGGUGAAGCUUUCCACGUGGAAGAGCGUUCGCAAAACGGCAGCUGGAUUUGUGGAUGGGGCCUCAAAGAAAGCCGAGCCAUAGUUUCGGCUAAAUUAGAAUCGGUGAUUCAUCCCAAAUUUGGUAAAUUUACAUUGGAUACACCCAUAAUAUCCCAAGGCGAGCUCUACAUCUACCCCCGAAUAACAAUAUCGCCCGCUGAGGUAGUUUUACCAUGGGACACCCAAAUAAAGCCCAAAUAUGAUGUUGACUUGGUGGCUAAAGGGGGCGACGGCCGCUUUUUAUGGUCAAGCACUGACCACUCCAUUGGUAUAGUUUCUCAAACGGGCCACGUGCGUACCCUCACCCAAGGCUAUUUCUCCGUAUCGGCCGCCAUGACUCGCAACCACCACAACCGCCAAUAUGCCAAAUUCUCAAUCCUUCCACCAGUUCGUCUUGAAAUCGUCGAAUUUAUAAUGGAGGCCGAAAUUUUCCAACCAAUUUACCUCCACAUUGCCCUCUAUGCCCCCAAAAUCGGCAAUGAUAACACCACACAAACCUUUAUUCCGUUCACGCAGUGUCAAGAUCUCCCGUUCCAAGUAAAACAAUCCGAUAAUAAAUUUAUCUACAACAAAACGGCAUCGAUACCCCCUGUGGGUAUUUCCUGUGGGAACAUAGCAAUGAUUGGUACCGCUGUUGGUACGAGUAAAGUCACAGUUACGUAUUAUCAGGAUGGUUUAAUUUUGGAAGAUGCGGUCACGAUAAACGCUUAUUAUCCCUUGAAGUUGAUUUCGCCGAGUCCGAAACAUCAGGUAGUUUUGGCAGUGGGCAGUUCGAUACAUUUGGUGUUUUCGGGGGGACCGAGGCCGCAGAUCGGGAGGCAGAGUGAUCAUCAAAGAAUUGUGAUUGUGGAGAAUGAGGCGAUUGUGCAGGCAGAGGAUGUGACCGAUUCCAAUCAGUUACCAUUGGAGGAUAUUACGGCCGUUUGGGUCUUAUGUAGGAAAUUGGGUGAGACCAAUGUCAAGCUGACGAUCAGCAAUACGCCGUCGUUGCCGAAUUGUAAGAGUCAUGGGAGUACGGUAACGACGAAGAUAAUUUGCGGUAAACCUCGGCGUCUCCACAUCCAACCCGAAGUCAAAGUAACCGACGCCAAGGCAUGCCCCAUGGACCUCAGUGCCGAUCGCGUCGUAGUCCCCAACAACCAGGACAUCGAACUCGAAGUUGUCGUCAUCGAUGAACUCGGCCGUGUCUUCCUAAACACCAGCAGUCUUCUCUUCACAUGGGAAUCCCGCCCGGCUGGCGAAGUUAAAUUUCAAAGUAUCGACAGCACAGUCACUAAACACGAAAUGUUUGGCUCCGUCCCACUGAUCAACAAAACGCUUCAAGUUAUCCACCCUUACAUCGAUUCUGGGUUGUUGGAAGUGACUGGAACUGUCAAAGGUUACAAGAUGAGUGUCUUAAAAGCGUAUCACAUCACACCUGAAUGGCCGGAGUUUUUGAGUGGGGAGGAACGAUCAUCUGAUCAUCCGGCUAUAACAGCGACUGUGGGACUGUUUUUGGUUGAUGAUACAGUUGUUACACCUAACGUGACGAUUAUUUUUAACCAGCCGAAUGUCAAGAAGGAAAUAGCAGUGAUGCACGGAUCGGGCUAUAUCGAAUUGUCGUUAAGUAAUGAUGAAAUCGCGACGGUGAAUUAUGUCGAAGGGACAAGACUUAUCGAAAUUGUCCCAGUGAUGUCAGGAGAAUUGACAAUACAAGUGGUGGACUUGUGUCUCGUCGCAAAUCCGAUUUUUAUCUACGUUAAAGUGGUCUCGUUGGGAAAAAUCGAAGUCGAUACUGCCGGAAAAGUUGAGAUAAAUCAUUGUAUCCAAGUCGUGGCGAAACUCUACGACGAAACUGAUCAAUUAUUAGAUGUGCAUGACAUGGGAGUGAUCGAAUUGAGACAUCGAUUCAGUAAAAAUAUAGCGAAUUUGGGACGUAUGCCCCAAAACGCCGACGAUCCCUGGCCUUUGGGAGAGGUUCAUUUUGUUUUAACCGGAGUUGAACUCGGCGAUGCCCAGCUGACUUUUACUUUCGACAAUAAAGACCAAGUCGUUUCGAGCGAACCGGUUGAUAUUCAGGUCUUUCCACCACUGAAGGUGAAUCCCCGAAAUGGCACGCUUUUGGUGGGUGCUACCAUGCAGUUGACACUCCGUGGCGGUCCACAACCCGACACCAGUAUCGAGUUUGAACCCCACUCGAACGGAACCAUUUCUGUUAGUGAUGUUGGUAUCGUUGUUGGAAAAAACCUAGGAUUUACGAGAAUCACGGUUCGGUCGAUCGGAGUACAUCCGAAAACCGGCGAGAAAAUCAUUUAUGCUGAAGAUACCAUCGAUGUGAACAUUGUUAAAAUCGGUGGAGUGAAGAUAGCAGCGCCCUUGACGAAGUUUAAGAGUGGGGGAACGAUUCCAGUUUGGGUUACUGGAAUUCCGGAAACAAUAUCGCCUUUGAUUUUGUCAAGUUUUGAAGAUUCGGCUUUGACGUACGAUUGGUAUUUUAACGAUUUUGAUGUGACGACGCUUGUUGGAGUUUUCUCAACUGUGGGUGUGAUUUACAAAACUUGCGACAAAACAAUAAUAAGGGUGACAGGUUUGCAACCUGGCAAAACUAAACUUUACGUAAACGUAACUUUCAACGCAGUCGAUACAGCUCAACCUACAGUGUAUCAGGCAUACGUAGAUUUGGAAGUUUUUGAACCUUUGAUGCUUGUAAUGCCUAAACAUAUGCCUGGGAGGUCACUUUUAAUGGCACGCCACUCAAACAUACAAUUGCAAACGAAUUUGGACGGAAUUGUUAACAUUGAGUAUAGCAUUCCUGAAUUUCGCUUAACCGGUACCGAAGUAACAGCAAUGAAUGCGACUCCAGUUGCGACAAUAACAGUGACAGAAACUGGUUAUUUGCAGUCUUACGGGACUAUUGGAUUUGCCCAAUUGUUAAUAACUUCAACCGACGAACUGGGGUUGAAGCAAACUUUGACCUAUGUUGUUGAAGUCAAACCAGUGCAUUAUAUGUUAUUGACGGUCAAAGCAAACUGGAGGAUACAUUUGGACAGUUCUUUGCAAGUGAUACCAUUAGGAACUGAAUUUGAUUUGGUUGCACAUUUUUACGACAAUAUCGGGAAUAAAUUUAAUGCCGGGCCACGACAGGUGAAAGUUCGAGCUAAUCGAUUGGAUCUUGUCAAAAUCAAACAAUACACAAGCAAUGCCACUAUGACCGUAGCGACGAAAAAACAGGGUCAUACGGUUAUUAAAGCUUGGACCGAUGGUGUUGACAAUACGGCUGAUUAUGUCAAAAUUCAUUCGAAAGAAGUGGUCAAACCUGUUGUUGACUUUUUGGCAAGUGGCGAUAUUAUGUGUUUGUGGAGUCCAGUCGUGACGAGACAUCUACAAAUAGGUUUUUGGUCCAGUAGUGAUACUAGUAUGAUAUCAAUUGAUUCAACCAUCGAUUUGGCUUUUGUUAUUGGAAAUAAGGAAGGAACCGUGUUGCUUACUCACUCGUUGCAAUCUAACGUUCCGCUGCGGAUGCAAGUCCUACCGGUUGCUGAAGUUAAAUUAUAUCCAGAGAAGAUCACAUUUUUCACAAAUGGAGCCGAGGGAACGGUCCAGAGAAUUGGUGUGGUUUUGAAAAGUCGGAUGGGACCGGCCGACAAGAGAAAUAAUUUGAUUCAAGGAUGGCUCUGUGAUAGAUCUUUUCACCGGUAUUUAGUUCCAACACCGUUCAGAUGUUUCGUCCGAUUCACCAAUGAGAGUGUAGACAUUGAUGCGAAUAGUAUCUUCAGCAUGAAGAGUAGUUUUAAACCGGAAAUAGGUCAAUAUAAUUGUAAAAUCGUCGCGACGGGAGCUAACACGUCUGAUGUGAGUCUCUUAAUGACGAAUAUCUCGUUUUGGGUUAUUUCCGAUGAAGGGGAAAUUGAAUCGCAACCUUUAGAAUUGCCAUUUAUUCCCACACCUUACGUACCAUCGGAAGUGUAUAUAGGAGAUCAAGGAAAUAUCGGUGAGCUUAUUGUUACUGGUCUAGGCUACAUUUUGGAUCAAAUUAUGGUACAACCAGCCGAUAGUAGUAUUGUUUACGUGGACAAAGGUCACUUAAUUGAUGAAAAUCAUAAAAUGUAUCAAGUGCAACUUGUCGAUUAUCAUCCGAAGUUUGCCGAUCAAGAAGACAUUAUGGGAAUUAUUGUUCGGUCACCGCUUACGGAUCAAGCGACUCAAGUUAUGGUACGAGUUUCAAAUAAAUAUCGCGAUGACACCUGUGCGGGUAAAUCCCCAAUUUACCGGUUUAUACAACACUACAAACACGCGAUUAUUAUCGUAAUAUCGAUGCUCAUUAUUUUCUGUGUUACUUGUUACGUCUACUCGAGAUACAUGCAACCCAUGGUUACUGUCACAGUUAACCCAAACCGAUCUCUUCUCAAUGCUACUUAUCCGCCACCGAAUUACCCGACAAGUUCAACCCCUAUGAUGAACAGAACUCAACCCUCAAUUCCGAGGUUAUCUCCAACUUCACCAAUUUGUACAAGCAAGUCGAAUUGUACCUGUGGUAGAAAUCGAGAACCAGUCUAUGGUGACGUUAGUUCGUUUACAAUGAAUAGUCCUGAAUUACGAAGAAACCGAAGAUUUUUGUAACUGUGUUCAAAUUUUGUUUAGUUUUUGUACAUAACAGGGAGUGCCAGUUUUUUUUUUGUAUAUACAAGUGUACUUAUUUUUUUAUAAAAUAAAUUCAUUUCUUGCUCAAGUGCGUAA